AUGUCGCACUCCUUCAGCCAGCACCAGCUGCGAGACGGCGUCGUCCUUCCUCAUGUACUCAACAAAGCACCCAAGGGGACCAAGGCGUGGGUCCUCCAUCUCGGCUACCUCCAAGCCGACGCGGGCUGGUUCAAGCGCGGAGGCAACACGUCGCUGAUGAGCAACCCCAAGGGACCCGAAGCUCCCGAGCGACGGGAUUUGAUCAUGUACUCGGUGCUCAUCGAGCAUCCUACGGAGGGUCUCAUUCUGUGGGAGACGGGUUGUGGCAAGGACUAUCCUGAGGUGUGGGGGGCGCCCUUGAACGACAUCUUUGCGCGCUCCCGCUACGAGCCCGAACACGAACUCGAAGCCGCCAUCGCCGCCACGGGUCACAGCAUUAAAGACGUCACCCAAGUCAUCAUCGGCCAUCUCCACCUCGACCACGCAGGUGGUCUCGAAAACUUCCGCAAGACCGACAUCCCCAUCUGGGUGCACGAGCGAGAGCUCAAAUCGGCCUUCUUCUCAUGCGCCACUGGCGCCGAUCGUGGUGUUUACCUGCCCCACUAUCUCAGCCUCGACGAGCUCAACUGGAAGUGCUUCGACGAUCGGACUGUCGACUUUGCCCAGGGGAUCACGCUCCAUCAUCUGCCAGGCCAUACCGAUGGGUUGAUCGGAAUGCAGCUGAAUUUGGAGAACGAUGGAACGUUCUUUUUUGUCAGUGACCACGCGCAUAUCAUGGACAACUACAAGCCGGGUGUUCCGCAGGGUUGGUUGGCCAGAGACCACCAAGCCUGGUUCAACAGCAACCAACGACUGCAGCGAAUGGAAAAGACGACGGGAGGACUGGUGAUCCCCGGUCACGAUUUGGAGGCUGUAGAGCCGCUGUUGGGUCGCGUUCUCUCCUAG